AUGCUCCGAUUACUGUCCCCAUUGCACCGUAUACUUAAAAGUUACUCUACUGCAAGGCCAGAAUGUGUUCCAAUCAUCGGUUUGGAGGUUCAUGCGCAGUUAACAAGUGCUCGCUCCAAGCUCUUUUCUCCUGCACACUAUUCAUUUGCUGCACCACCAAACUCUCAAGUGGCUCCUCUUGAUGCCGCUCUCCCUGGCUCCAUGCCCGUACUGAAUCGCGACUGUGUUGUGUGGGCAAUAGUGGCCGCGCUUGCUCUAAAUUGUCGCAUCAAUCUUCUCUCAAGGUUUGAUCGUAAACACUACUUUUAUUUCGACUCGCCUGCCGGCUAUCAGAUCACGCAGCAUGCACAACCCAUAGCCGAAGAUGGCUGGCUGGAAUACAUAUGGAAACCGCCAGAUAUCAAAUCCCCUCCACAAGUUAGCAAAGCUAAAAUCAGGCGAAUUCAACUGGAGCAGGAUACAGGAAAGAGUCUUCGCGAUCAAAAAACCGGGCGAAGUCUUAUUGAUCUCAAUAGGGCUGGUGUAGCUCUAAUUGAGAUUGUAACAGAUCCGGACUUCAACACGAGUUAUCAAGCUGCAGCGUUUGUGAAUGAACUUUCAACACUAUUGCAUCAUCUUCGAGUAUGUUCGGCCAAUAUGUCGACUGGAGAACUGCGGGUAGAUAUUAACGUCUCAGUCGGAAUUUCCAGCUCCCAACAGGGAUCUGUGGUAGAGGUGAAGAAUGUCAACAGUCUUCGUGCCAUUCGUUAUGCUAUUGACUACGAGAUUUUUCGACAAUGUAGGAUUUUUCGUUCUGGAGGAGCCAUCAUCAACGAGACACGCUGUUUCGAUCCAGUUAGCAAGUAA